AUGUCAGCCAAAACCAUCAUCAUCACCGGCGCUUCAAGGGGAAUCGGCCUUGCCAUAGCACGCUACCUCCUCCAGUGCCCAGCUUCUCACAACCUAAUCCUCCUUGCACGUUCGCAGGCGCCACUUCAACAACUACAAGAGCAAUACGGGGUUAACCGCGUCGAAGUCCUCACGGGUGACUUCGCGGCCGGUUCUUCACCAUCGCUGGCCGAAAGAGCAGUGGAUGUGGCGCUGAAGAGGUUCGGAAAACUAGAUGGGUUGGUUGUUAAUCAUGGGACGUUGGGACCUGUGACGAGGUUGGAGGAUUGUGAUUUGGACGACUGGAGGAAAGGGGUGGAGGUCAACUAUAUUAGUGUGGUUGGAAUUGUAAAAGCAGCAAUCCCGCAUCUACGAAAAUCCCUUGGAAAAAUUAUCUUCACCUCUUCCGGGGCUGCGACCUCAGCAACAACUGGAUGGGGACUCUACGGCUCCACCAAAGCAGCUAUGAACCAUCUCAAUAUGACAGUGGCACUGGAGGAACCAGAUAUCACGUCCAUAUCAAUCCGGCCAGGGAUGGUCGAUACAGAGAUGCAAGAGGAGCUACGAGCGAAACAUAUAGACGUUCUAGGGCCCGUGCAAGGGAAAAGGUUCGUCGAUGCUUACAAGGAGGGCAAGUUGCUCAAGCCAGAGCAGCCAGGUCAUGUUAUUGCGAAGCUUGUGCUUGAUGCCCCGCAUGCGUUGAGUGGGAAAUUCUUAACGUGGAAUGUUCCUGAAUUGGCUGCCUUCCAAGACUAA